AUGUUUAAUGCAAUAGAAAAAAAUCCUUGUAACAAUAUUUAUGGCAAGACUAGGUGGGACGUGGCGCGCGUGUGCGUGUCGGGCCCCGAGGACGAGCUGUCGCGGCGCUGCCAGACGGCGGUGCUGGUGACGGCGCUGGCGGCGCUGGAGCGCGCGCGCGACGAGCGGCCCGGCGCGCUGCAGCGGGUGCGCGCCGUGGCCGGCUUCUCGCUCGGCGAGAUCGCCGCGCUCGUGUUCGCCGACGCGCUGUCGCUGGAGUUCGCGCUGCGGCUGGUGGAGCUACGCGCGGCGGCCAUGGCGGCCGCGGCGGCCGAGCGGCCCGGCGGCAUGCUCACCGUGUGGCUGGCGCCGGACGCCAACAUCAAGCACGCCUUGUUGCGCGCACGCGAGCACGCCGCCGAGCGAGGCGUGCUCGACCCCGUGUGCCAGGUAGCCAACUACUUGUACCCCGGCUGUAAGGUGGUCGCCGGGGAUGAAGAGGCGCUGCGGUUCGUGGAGCGCGCGGGCGCCACGUUCGGCGUGCGGCGCGCGGCGCGGCUGCGCGUGGGCGGCGCCUUCCACACGCCGCUCAUGGCGCGGGCCGAGGGCGCGCUGCGUGCGGCGCUGGAGAGCGCGGGGGCCGAGGUGCGCGGGCCGCGCGUGGCGGCGUGGUGCGCGGGCGAGGCGCGGCCGUACCGCGACGCGCGCCACGUGCGGCGCGGGCUGGCGCGCCACGUGGCGGCGCCGGUGCGCUGGGAGCAGACGCUGCACGCGAUGUACGCGCGCGAGCGCGGCGCGUCGUUCCCGCUGACGCUGGCGCUGGGCCCCGGCGCGGCGCUGCGCUCCACGCUGCGGCAGGUCAACGCGCGCGCCUGGGACUCCUCGCUGCAGGUGGACGUGUGA